AUGUGCCACUAUCCUAGGUUUCGCCCAUUUGAUAUUGAUCAAGCCUUAUAUCUGUUCAAUGAACUCCGGGAACAGGAUCCUUUCCGCAUCGAGAACAUGGACACCUUCUCCAACCUGCUUUAUGUGCGGAGCAUGAAGCCGGAGCUCAGUUACCUGGCACACAAUCUGGUGGAGAUCGAUAAGUACCGAGUGGAGACGUGCUGCGUCAUCGGUAACUACUACAGUCUGCGGUCUCAGCACGAGAAGGCCGCUCUGUAUUUCCAGCGGGCUCUGAAGCUGAAUCCACGCUGUCUGGGGGCCUGGACCCUCAUGGGUCACGAGUACAUGGAGAUGAAGAACACCUCCGCUGCCAUCCAGGCCUACAGACAUGCAAUUGAAGUGAACAAACGGGACUACCGGGCCUGGUACGGACUCGGACAGACCUACGAGAUCCUCAAGAUGCCCUUCUACUCGCUCUACUACUACAGGAAAGCUCAUCAUCUGAGGCCUAAUGACUCGCGCAUGCUCGUCGCUCUCGGGGAAUGUUACGAGAAGCUGUCUCAGCAAGUGGAGGCCAAGAAGUGUUACUGGAGGGCGUAUUCGGUCGGAGAUGUGGAGAGAAUGGCUCUUCUGAAGCUGGCCAAGCUUCACGAGCAGCUGAAUGAAUCUGAUGACGCUGCACAAUGCUACAUCAUCUACAUCCAGGACAUUUUCUCAUGUGGUGAGCAGCUGGAGCACGCUGAGGUCAGCACGGCUCUCAGGUAUCUGGGUCAGUACUACUUCAAGAACAAGCUGUACGACGAGGCGUCUCUCUGCGCUCAGCGCUGCUGCGAUUAUAACGACGCGCGAGAGGAAGGCAAGGCUUUGUUGAGGCAGAUCUCUGCGGUGCGAGAGCAAGGAGAGCCUUCAUCCACAGACCUGUCUUUACCCUGCGUCUUCAACCCGCUGAUCAACACCACCACACCCGUCAGGAGAGCGUCUCCACUCCACCUGUCCUCCGUCACACCCUGACAUAACUGUUUGUACAGACAACGGUGCCUGUUAUAGCAAAUAAACUGAUUAAACACUUGACAGUGGAGUGUUUUAUUACAAAACGCACCCGUAUUAUACAAUAGAAAGACAGCCGAAAGCGACACACGAACAUCUCGAACCACAGCAACCUUCCCAAAGGCAUGCAAAAUGUGCAAAAGAGGAGCCAAAGCAAGAAUGUAGUGCUAAAAUCUAAAUUUGGCCACUUACAAACACGCCAAAGACGUGCAUGCGUAUUUGGUGACGAUAACACUCAUUCUCAAACCUUUUUAAACCGUUAAAGCAGCAACCAUGAAAGAGUUUGAUGAAUUAGUUCUGUUCAGCUUUACAUAUUUGGAAGACCAAUGGAAUGUUGGUCACUAUUUGGAAUCAAUGCUUCUAUCUUGCUUCUACGUUUUGAUUUGGUUUGCAUAACAUACAAAAAAAAUUUUUUUUUAAAACAGCAUGUAGGGAGAAUAAAACAUGUAAUAAUAGUCUUUGCUCUUCAAAUGAG